AUGGAAAAGUCAUCGACUCACGUGCGCUGGCUUUGCAUAUGCGGUAGCAAGCGCGCCCAUGUCAGCAAUAUGACGCGGGCCAUGGCUACCAUCAUACGCCACGGGUCUUUACAGGAGGAUGGCCGACGGUGCCGAAAAGAGUCUUUGAGCUCGUUCGAUGUUGAACCAGUGCAUAAUCGCAUUCUCAUUGUUGUGCCCAUGGUGUUGAGAAGAAUGGCGUGGAUGUCUGGCGGCUGUCGUACACGCCAAUCGAAACAAAGCUGGAUGGCCUCUUUUACAAUUGAUUUUAGAGCCGUGGUUCUGAUUCUGCCGGCGGAGGAGCUGCGCAAAGUCACUGUAUGGGUCACGAUAAUGUCUUAUUUAGAUCUCUGGACUACCUGC